AUGGCAUGGUAUUGUUCUGGGUCCACCAACACCGAGUUGAUUGAGAACCUGUUCAAGGUUGAUUUAAUCAAAAAUGAACGGGUCAAAGAAGCCAUGAUUGGUGUUGACCGGGCUCAAUACUCUCCGUCACGGCCUUACUCAGACUCACCUCAGCCCAUCGGACAUGGGGCAACAAUAUCCGCUCCGCAUAUGCAUGGUCACGCAUGUGAAUAUCUCAUUGAUCACCUCCAACCUGGAGCCCAUGUCCUGGAUAUUGGAUCUGGUUCGGGUUAUCUCACCCAUGUCUUGGCCAACCUAGUGACUGGACCACCUGGCGUCUCGGAGCAGGGCCAAGUGAUUGGUAUUGACCAUAUUCCCGAGCUAGUGGAGCUGGCUCGCUCCAACAUGAACAAAUCCGAACAGGGCAGAGAACUCCAGGACUCGGGAAAGGUCAAAUUUAUCACGGGGGAUGGACGCCUGGGAUGGAAAGCCGAUGCCCCAUAUGACGCCAUUCACGUCGGUGCAGCAGCAGAGGAACUUCACCCGGUUCUAGUUGAGCAACUGCGAGCCCCAGGUAGACUCUUCAUCCCCGUCGAGUCGGAGAACAAUGGAAAGCCUGGUAUCAGCGGAGGACAGUACAUUUGGGUCGUCGACAAACGAGCCGAUGGAUCGGUCCACAAGGAAAAAGUCUUUCAGGUCAGCUACGUACCUUUGACCAACGCACCCCGUUCAUAG